AUGGACUUAUUUAUGGGCGUGCGGGAAACAGACCGUUUUAUUGAAAAGACGACGACAGAUCUGACCCUUCUGAUGCUCGCAGCUAGGGAUGAGAACCUGGAAAGCUGCCUCUUUCUCUUGGAAAAAGGAGAAAGUGCUGAGGCGAGGACAAAAUUCGGCGUGACGCCCCUUCACUUUGCGGCCUUGAACAAGGAGAACGGAUUCGAAUUCGUCUGGCAUCUCACAAUCCAGAAGAAACUAAUUUUGAAGGAAAAGGACGUGGACGGCGAGGAAGCUAUUUUCUACGCAGUCAGGAAGGGAAACUUCAGGGUGGCGCAGGUCCUGCUCGAACUGCGAGAGGAGACAAGCAAAAAUCUCUUGCAUUUUUUUAUAACUCAAAACAGAUCAGACGUCGCUCAGAUAAUUCACGCGUGGAACCCGAAUUUAAUUAAAGAGGUCGAUUCCGAUAGGAGAAACGCCCUACACCUGGCAGCCCAGUUCGCCGACCUGAGUGUCUGCAGGUGGAUCAUCGCCCAGGGCGUCGACGUAGAGUCAAAGAGCUGUUUCGGGACUGGCUUGCACCGCACACCGUUAAAUAAAAACCACGGAAUAGAAUUAGUUCGGUUUUUCGUCUCAAAGAACCUAAAGUUGAAUGAAAAAUCAGAGGGUGGACUCGUGCCAUUGGAUGCAGCUCUUGCAGCGGAAAAUAUUGACAUUGCUCGCGAGUUGCUGAGACUCGGCGCCACUUUGAACAUAAAGGACCACAAUUUUUUGCUGCAUUGCGUAUUUCUCAACAAGCUUAAAAGCGCCAAGUUCAUUCACGAAUUAGAUAAAAAGCUGAUCAGAGGCAGAGACGCAAACGAGCGAGAUGCACUUCAUAUAGCGGCGGAGGUUGCUGAUAUAGAAAUGUGCCAAUGGCUCGUGGAAAACGGCGUCCCAGUGGAUUCUUUGAAUGGAAAAAGUCAAACCUCAGUUUUGCAUCGCGUCGGCUACAAUUCGAAGCACGGAACUCAGCUAGUUCAAUAUUUUAUCGAUUUGGGGCUUGACAUCGACAAGAGGGACCACUUGGAAUUCACGCCUUUAAAUUACGCUUUGGGAGACAAAAAUUUUGACGUGGCAGAGGAAAUGCUGAAACUUGGAGCCAAUUUCUACGCGAAGAACGAUGGCAUGAACACUUUCCACACCUGCAUACUGGAGAACAAUUUAGAAGGAGUCCAAUUCGUGCUCUCAAAAGUGCCGGAAAUAAUAAAUUCUCUCGGGAGUGAAGGGACGAAUGCCCUUCACAUCGCAGCGGCUUUCGCAAAUUUAGAAAUGUGCCAGUGGUUGUGCAGAAAGAGCUUCGACGUGCUGUCCCUGAGUGAGGACUGGGGAAACACUGUUCUCCACUUUGCCUCAAUGAACAAAAAAUUUGGAAAAUCGCUCGUCCCUUUUUUCGUUUCCAAGGGGGUGGAUGUGAAUGAGAAAAACUUUUUCUCACUCUCACCCUUGUUCGUUGCUCUUAAAAUGGAAAAUAUCGCCGUGGCUGAGGAAUUGCUAAAGGCUGGCGCAGACCUGAAUACAAAACAGGAGAACGGCGACAAUUUCCUGCACUCCUGCGCUCGUAAUAAUAAACUGCUGAGUGCCAAAUUCGUGGUUGGAUUAAAUGAGGGGCUGGUCAGGGAGCCGGCCUUCGGAGGAAUCACUGCCCUUCACAUGGCGGCGCAAACGGCGGAUUUGGAUUUUUGCAAAUAUUUGGUCGAAAAAGGAGCCGAUGUUCGUGCCAAAGACUUUCUUAACCGUUCGGUUUUGGUUUAUGUUCCGGAAAAGAACAAAGAAAAGAGAAAAUACUUCCUGUCCUUGGGAGUUAGAAAUUAA